CGUUGGAAUGCAACCGGGUCUACCAGGUUCUUGGACAGUUGAUGAGCAACAAUCAAGCGCCGAUCCUGUAUCGAAAUGGGCCAAUCCCUUGAUGGUCGAAUCAAAGGGCAAAGUUGCGUACAUUUUGACUUUUGUAACAGCUGGAGAAAGGUUGAGGUCAGCUGGACAUGACAAAAGGCAGAGACGCUGGGACGACGAGGAUGAGGACCACGGCAGAAGGGCGGAGAUUCGGCACGCGAGAGCAAAUGCCAAAAUCAGACGAGAAACACACUUCCUGAAUGAGUGACGGACCAACAAGAAAGCCUGGGAAAUUCGGUGACACGUAUCACAUUAACGCAUCGUCACCAAAGGCCAGGGCACGAUGCAACGGCAG